AUGGAGGGUACACUUUUCAAAUGGACUAAUUAUUAUAAUGGAUGGCAACCUCGUUAUUUUGUAUUGAAUGAAACAGGUAUUCUUUCGUAUUAUAAAUCAAGUGAACUAAUUCAUGAAGGAUGUAAAGGUUCAUUUUUAGUACCUGCUUGUGAAGUUAAAGUUCAUCCACAUGAUCCAUUUCGGUUUGAUUUAAUAAUCCCAGGUGAACAAUUUUUUUGUUUAAAAGCUAAAUCGCAGCCUGAGAGACAACGUUGGCUUGUUGCUUUGGGUACAUGUAAAUCAAGAGGAACUAAAUCUACAACAUCAACAAUUGUUUCAAGUAACAGCAGCAACAACAACAACAACAAUAAUAAUAAUAAUAAUCUUUCACAUCUAAAUGCAGUCGAUCAUGAAAUCAAAAUAAAAGUUCAAGAAUUACAUCUUUAUGAAACUGUUCUUACACAACGUAUUCAUGCUAUUAAAUCAAUUGCAAAUGAUACACCAAUACCUGACAUUAAAAAAUUAGAUGAAUCAACAUCGAUGUUAAGUGUAACGUGCGAUGCAUUUAUUCAUACACUUGAUGAAUGCAUUAAACUAGCAACCGGUAAUUCAUCUCAAUCGUUACUUUUACUUUCUCCAUCAUCAUUAACAGCCAUAUCUGAUGACAUAUCAAUACUUCAACAAUCUUUUUCUUCUAUUGAUUCAACUAAGCCGAAAAAUUCAACAGAAACAGUUUUACCAAAACAAAAUUUUUUUAAAACAUUUUUUUCUGAGCUUUCUUAUCCAUUUGCUAAACUCACUUCUUUAAAAUUUGAAGAAAUUCAUUCCGAGCUUUUCCUAUCGACAUGUGAACAAUAUAUUAAUUUGAUCGAAAAAUUCAAUAGUAAAACAUUUAUUCCUUUACGUGCAGAUGCUAAUGGAAAUAUUAAUAAAUUAAAAAGAAAAAUUAUUAAUGAUCCGAAUAAAUUUCAAACUUUAUAUUCAAUUGUUAAUGAUGAAAUUAUUGCAAAAACUACCAAAGAAAAAAAUUCAGCUACUGAUGCGCUUCUUUGGCUUAAAAGAAGUAUUCAUUUUCUUGGAUGUUUCCUUCAUGAGUAUGGUCAAGACAACCAAACUGUUGAAGAUGCUAUGAAUAAAGCAUAUGGACAAACAUUAAAGCGUUUUCAUGGAUGGAUCACGCGAGGAGUCUUUUCAAUCGCACUUCGAUCAGUUCCAUACAAAGAAGAAUUUCUUAUGUCGCUUGCUGUCAACUCGAAUGAUGCUCGAGAAGUUCUUUUCGAGCAACAGAUAAUGAAUGAAAUGCUUGAACAUGGUUUAAAUAUGAAUAGUGUUGUAAAUAAAAUAACAGAGUUUUACAUUGAACAUGAGCUUGAAUCAGAUGAAAUUAUUGGAUGA